GAGAGAGAGAGAGAGGAUGAAUGGGACCUCCGGUCUCUUACGACUAUGGCAGAUUCCAUCCACUUCUCUGUUAUGUAGACGCUCCAAGUUUUUCAACGGUUUGUAUCUGGUCCCUGGAACGGUUAUAGAUCCGACCCUGUGCUUCUGUAACCAUAUCCAGACUACUGCUUACGGAGUUGUGAAUAGAAGUUAUGUAAUGUCUAUACAGGCCAACCAACAAAAUAGCAUAGAGGACAAAUCAUCAGCACUGCCUGAAACUGUUGGUGCAUUUCAAAAGCUACCCAUGGUGAUGCCAUCCGUUGAUAUUUUAUAUUCGGCAAUGAGGAAAGCAAGGAGGGUCUCAUCUACAAAGGGUAUUGCCAAUAUUGCAAAACGAGAGAGAAAUAGAGGCGCAAAACAACUCGAUGCAUUGAUGAAGGAACUGGCCGUUCCCUUAAGGACAUACAAGGAGAGCUUCCCAAACAAAAAACAUUUGCACCCUUAUGAGAAGUCUUUGAUUGAGUUGACCCUUGGGGAUGGAAACUAUGAAGAGGUUUUAGGAAAGAUUGACGCUUUGAGGAAGAAGGUGGUAUCAGUUGGAAAGGAACAUGCCUCCCUUUGUGCUAAGUCUUUGUCAAAGCGAGAAGCAGAGGAACGGUUGGGUGAGGGAAUAAAAAAACUUGAAGAGAUUUUUCAUCAUCAAGGAAAAGCUGUUGAUGAAUUGUUGAACAUUGCCAAGACUUUGCGGGCAAUGCCAGUAGUGGAUCUAGAAACACCGACACUUUGUCUGGUUGGAGCUCCUAAUGUGGGGAAGUCAUCUUUGGUCCGUAUACUCUCAACAGGAAAGCCUGAGGUAUACAUAUGGACUGAUUAG